ACUAUUUUGGCCCAAAUCAAGGUGCUAUGAUUACUUAUAUCAGGAAGCUGAAGCACUUCUGAGAAACUUCCCAGUUCAAGCUACUAUCUCCUUCUAUGAAGACUCGGAUAGUGAGGAUGAGGAAGAUGAAUUGGAACAAGAUUCAAGAACAGUAUCGGAUUGCUGA